GAAAAAUAGAGAGACAGUGCUGCAGCGACAAAGAGAGAGAGCAGGCGGGAGAGCGAGUAGCGGCAGCGACAGCAACACAGCCACAAAAGAGAACGAGAGAGGGAGGGAGAGCUAGACGACCUACUACACAAAAAAAAGGCUCCCUGGUCGAGAUUACAGCGUCUACAACAACCAAGAAAGCGUAAAAAAGGAAAAAGAAAACCAUUCAAAUAAUUAAGACUGCUACACGGAACAACUAAAAACUACAAGCUAAUUUAACAAGGAGAAAAGAAAAGAAGACUAGACAUAAUCAUAAACAGAGUAGAUAGAAUUAGAGAACCCGCAAAAACAACAACUAAACACUAAAAAACAUUAAUUAUAAUACACACACACACAUCCAUAUACACAAACGAAACAAAGGAAAGAAUUUGUAAUACAACACCAAGGAAGAAUCACCUUUAGCCUUAUAUACAAUUAAAUACAAUUAAGACGCUAGAAAGACAAGGCAGUGCAAGAAUCCUAUCAAGAAAACCGAAAGAUAACAAGAAAUAUUUUUUUAAUGAUGGGCAGUGUAAAUAAAAACCCCGAUCAGGGGAAUACUACCCCGAAUCGAGAAUUUGAAGAAUCCCCACCAGCUAGGGACUCGGAAAACGAGGAUUCGCAUCCGGAAGCUCCCGUAGAAACUGACGAGGGAAAUAAAGAUAUUUUAGUUUCUGGGGAGGCAGACUCUCAGGAGUUAAACGGAGAUUCGGAUAAGGGGAAUCAUACGCCGAAUCAAGGAUCGUCGAUUCCGCAGUCGCCGACCAAAUCCCCCAAUUCAGAAGUAAUCGAAAAUUUUGGGCAAGAACCUGGCGCUGGAAACAAUAGUCCAGAUCCUGUCGAAGCUCCCCAGUUUUCUGACGAAGAAAUAGAGAAGAACGAUGCCAAAAGCAGCGGUAACGAGUCUGACUGGAAUACUCGCAGUAAUAGAGAUCAUUUAAGUUCUUCUGAUAGCGAGGACGAGCAGCGGCAGCAACGAAAUUCAACUUCAAGGCGUGUUCUUCGCACGAAACAUCCAGAUUCUGAUUAUUCCGUAGAGAUCAGACGUUAUUCCCGACGUCAGAAUUAUUACAGGGGAUAUCACAGUGACCCAGAAGGGAGGGUUUUGCAGUGGUUUUGCGAUCCCGAUAGCGAGGACGGCUAUACACGAUCACGUAGAUCGGAACACGUGCAGGAGGCAGAAGCUCAACGUGGCGAAUAUAAUUUUGAGAACCAAAAUCACGAGUACUACCAGUAUUCAGAAUCUGAUGACGACGAGGUCGCUGGAAAUAGGAACGUAUCUUACCGUGGACAAGAUUACGCUCAUCAGGCAAAUCGAGCUCGCCUAACAGAAUCUGAAUCUGAUAGCGACUAUCGUCAACAAGGCUACGGUCAUCAGCCAAAUCGAGAAUCGGAAUCUGAUAGCGACGAUCAUUUCGGAAUAUCUCGUGCAUCUUCACGAGCUCGUCUAACAGAAUCGGAAUCUGAUAGCGACGAUCGUCAACAAGGCUACGGUAAUCAGCCAAAUCGAGAAUCUGAAUCCGAUAGCGACGAUCUUUUCGGAGCAUCUUGUCCAUCUUCACAGUCGUCUUCACCGGAAAGACAAAGCUCUGACGAGGAGUCGGGUCGAGCUUCAGAAUCGACUUCUGAUGAUUCACCGUACAGAGUCGAUCCGACUACUGGGUGGCUAUCGCGCCGUCAAGAAAGUACAUCUGAACGCGACGAAGAUAGCGAAGACGAGCAACAGGAGGCGUUAGAGGAUAGCGAAGACGAACAGGAAGACAGCGAGGACGAGCAGUUCGAGCCGGUGGACAAUAGCGAGAACGAACAGCAGCCCACUUCGUCUAACAGACGCGAUCAUUCCCGAAACAAGCAGGAGAGAAAGCGUAAAUCGUCAUACCGCAGGGAUUCAAAAAAGUCGAAAAAACAGUUCUUGGAAGGAGAAACACGUUCAUCAUCAUCACCAUCUUCGUCUCGUGGAAGUCGCACACCAGUUCCACAUGAUACAUCAGAAUCUGAGGACUCUGAAGCUGAUAAGGAUAAUAAUAUCCCUUUAAAGCGUAAAUUGUCUCAUGAUAGCCUGGAAUCUAAGAAAUUGUUAAAACCAACAUUGCAAAGUGAGGAAGAUCAAUCGGAGGAGGAACGUGAAGAUACCGAAAGCGAAGAGUCUGAGGAAGACCAAGAAUCAGAUAGUUCAAAGAAGGAUUACGAUACAGAUUCAGAUUCAGAUUCCGAUUCCGAUUCAGAAGGGGGCCCCGGUGCUUCAAAUUCUGAGGAACCUGCACAGGAUCAAUAUACUGAACGCGGCGGAGCCGAUCAAGAUCCAGCUCCUGAAGGCGGAGCCGAUCAAGAUCCAGCUCCUGAAAACUACGAUCAAAUUUGUGAAUCUGAGGAGGAGGAAGACUAUCCACUCUUCUUCCCAGGGAAAACUGAGCUGCUAAAAUUCGUAGCAAAUCCUUUGGGGGAUGAACUAACAGAUUUGGACAUUACAACACUGCUCUAUAUGACAUUUGGAGACUACAAACUGGAAGACCUACAAAACUAUCUUAAUAUCAUUAACCAAGAGCAGGAAAAGCAACCAGAACAAGAACAGCAGCAAGAAGUGCAGCAAGUACUGCAGCCACACCUACAACAGGAUCAGCGCUUGGAACAGCUGCAAGAACUGCAAGAGCAGCGACAGCGGAAGGACUUCCUGUUUGAGCAACAGAAACUGUUUGUUCAAGAAAAAGUGCGCCAACAGCGGGAGCAGCACCGUUGGCAGCAGGAUCAGGUGGAGCGCGAACGUCAAUUUCGUCAGCAAGAGGAGCAAAAGCGUCUGGAAUACGAACGAAACUUGGAGAGACAGAGGGAGGACUGUAAGCGUCAGUUGCGUCUGCAGCGCGAGCAAUAUCUGAUUAAGAUUAAGCAGCUGGAGAAGCUCAGGCAGCGCCCGCAGCAGGAGAAUCGGCCCAACAAUACACAGCCACAGCGCAAGCACGAGCUGAUGCAAAACGAUAUGGUCAGCAUACCGGUGGCCAACUUGAACGGCGGCCUUAAGGCGGCCAGCAGCGGAUCCGGAGUGGGUGUAGUGGCCGCCGGCGGCGUUGUAUCCUCGGCGGUGCUGGCCAAUGCUCCCCGUGUUUACCUAACGCCCUCCUCCACAUUCAUGGCCAAUCGCCAAAUGGCUGGAGUGGCAACCACCGGAAAGAUCAGCGGACCCGUGGUCGGCGGUUCAUCCGGCACAGCCUCAGCCGCCGGUACCGUUCGCUAUUUUUCGCAAUUCAGCAAAGUGCAAACGGCUGGCGGACCCAGUCUGCAGAGGAAACUGGCCAACGGGGAUACCAUUGUGCUGGCGAACGGCAACAAGAGUAUGUUCCUUACCAGCAGCAACGAUAACAAGGGUAUGUUGCCGACCGUCGCCACCAAUGGCAAUGGUUUGCUCACAGCUAAAACGGAACUAUUGGAGGAGGAGUGCAUGCAGUCGGUAACUGUGAUUGAUGACGAUGAGGACGAGGAAGAGGACGAUGGUGAGAGUAGCAACAAUGCCAAAUCCAGUGGGGAUCAGCAGCCGGAGAAUCAGCCAAUGACACUAAACAACGCGGCCAACGAAGGCAAUGCCUCCGAUGAUGAGCCCGAGCUGGACAUUGUGAUAAACAAUGUGGUCUGCUCGUUUAGCGUUGGCUGCCACCUGAAGCUGCGCGAUAUUGCGCUGCAGGGUUCGAAUGUGGAGUACCGUCGCGAGAACGGAAUGGUGACCAUGAAGCUCCGCCAUCCCUAUACCACGGCCUCGAUUUGGUCGUCGGGGAGGAUUACCUGUACUGGUGCCACUUCCGAGGCAAUGGCCAAGGUUGCUGCACGCCGCUAUGCCAGAUGCCUUGGCAAGCUGGGAUUUCCCACGCGUUUCCUAAACUUUCGCAUUGUUAACGUGCUGGGCACAUGCAGCAUGCCGUGGGCCAUCAAGAUCGUUAACUUCUCGGAGCGUCAUCGGGAGAACGCCAGCUACGAGCCUGAGUUGCACCCUGGUGUGACUUACAAGAUGCGUGAGCCCGACCCAAAGGCCACUCUGAAGAUCUUCUCCACCGGCAGCGUAACAGUCACUGCGGCUAGCGUAAGCCAUGUUGAGUCGGCUAUCCAGCACAUAUACCCGCUGGUCUUCGAUUUCCGCAAGCAGCGUUCGGCGGAGGAGCUGCAGCACCUGCGUCAAAAGCAGCGUCUGCAGGGCGGCGGUGACCCCAACGAACCGGAGAAGCAGGUCUUGGCAGAUAACAAGACGGCUUCCCAGGAUAACAUCUUUGUUAACACAACAGCGGCGCACUCUAAAUCUUCGUCGAAUGACCAAUCAUCAGCAUCCGCGGGCAUCUUGUCCAGCACAGUUGAUAGUAUGCCACGUCUGAAACAGAUGGUGAACUAUCACCAGAUGAUGAAGCAGACCCAGGAUGAGCGCCGCCACGUACCGUUCCAUGGGGAGAAGGUCAAUCCGGCCUCCACCUCGUCGGCGGCAGCAGCUCCAUCCACCUCUUCCUCAUCCGGGGAUAAUAUCUGUGCCAAUGCCCGUCGCCGGGCAACCGAAUGCUGGGCCACCAAGCUGCAGAACAAGCGUCCACGUUACAAUGAUCCCGGCACCACGGGCACCGUUAACGCCUCGUCAUCCUCAGCAACCUCAGCAUCAACCGCCACAUCUUCGUUCGCCUCCCAGGCGACACACCUGCGUAAUCCUCUCAAGACGGCCGCAUUGGCCAAUGCUCGUAUGCGUGGCGCCAAGGUGCCAACAUGCAUGGUGACGGGCACACGCAUUGCCUCCAACAGUCUAAUCGUGCACCAGCAGCAACUGGUCCACAUGCAGCAACAGCAGCAGCAGAAGCUGCGCCAGACCAGCUUCUCGCCCAGCGAGUUCAAUGUGGACGACUUGAUCGAGGAGGAGGAGAGCAACGAAUUGGACAUGCACUUUUAAGCUAGCGCUGCCAGUGCCAAAACAUUUUAACUAAAAUGAUAAAUCGAUGAAAACGCAAACAACAAACACGCCACACUCACAAAACCCCACGAGCUUUUCCCCGAAUAUGUUGGUUAUUUGUUUAAGUCAUUUUUCAUCACAUUUUUUUUGUGUGUUUGCCGC